CCCAUUGUCCUUGUCUUGUACAUUACAGGACAUGAAUUAGUAUGAUUAUAGUAGGGACCUCUUUUCAUCUACCGAAGACGUCAGGUUUAAGUCGCACUUCCUGUUCGACGGCGUGUUGUCCCGUAAAAACAUGGCGCCUUCCACGAAGAAACACGGCGCUGGCAAUGCUUGUAUUAUUCCUGGUGGAUUUGCAGUCCUGUCCUUAAAAUUCAGCGCAGAGUCGGAUACACAACACAAGUUAUAUGUGAAGGAGCACCGGGUGCGAGUAGAGGCCAAAACACACCGACCGCUGGACAAGACUCUGUUCGUCCUCAACGUUCCUCCGUACUGCUCACAGGCCGUGGUGAGUCAGAUCUUCUCUAGGUUUGGCGCCGUCGUGUCCGUAGAGCUCAGCGACCGACCCGGUACUGCAUCGGUUCCUGAGAUCAAGCUAUCAAAAAUCUUCAAACCAGCAGAGAAACAGGGCUUUAAAGUGGCUUACAUUGUGUUUCGAAAAGCAAAGAGCAUCCAGUUGGCUAAAUCUCACCCUCACAAUUUCCCCCUGGUCAUCAGCACAGAGAAGCAACCCGUCACAACCGGUUUGCAGAAAUGGGCCGAGCAGUACCGCAAGUCAAUCAUCCUGCCAGAGAAGCUCCAGGAGACCGUCGAUGCGUUCAUGACUGACUACGACUUGAGGAAGGAGGAGAAAGCAAAGAAGCAGGAGGAGGAGGCAGAGGAACAGAAAGAGGAUGAGGAGGGUUGGGUGAAGGUCACGAGAGGAAACAAGGGAACCAAGGCCCGCCCCCACAGUGAGGCAGCCAAUCAGAAGUCUCUGCAGAAGGAGAUCAGGAAGAAGAAGAGGAAGGAGCUGAUGAACUUCUACACUUGGCAGCACAGGAACACACAGAAAGAACAUAUUGCUGAUCUGAGGAAGAAGUUUGAGGAAGAUAAACAGAGGAUAUCGCUGCUGAGGGCACAGAGGAAAUUCAGACCCUACUAGUAGAGCAGGAGCUCGCGCCACACGGCUGGGCUCCGAGUAGUAUUCUAUGAGUUCAUGAAUGACUGGUGUGUGUGGAACAACGCAAUGUUUUUGUAUGUCGACUGAGUACCAAGUCGUGGAAAGAGAUGAAAUAAAAUGAGCAGUGAAUCAACAUUGGUAUAACAUCUUUAAUUAGGGG